AGGAGGUGGGGUUAUGACGUCACCAGCGUCAGAAGCUACAGAGAAGAACAUCUCGCUUUGUCCCGCUCCUUCCCCGGCUCUACCUCAUCUUACUAGCCUCUCUAGGCUCGGUCAGCAGGGGACGCUCUUGGGCUGCGCUCCUUCGCAACCGGAGGCCCCGCCCCCUCUGCCCCUUUAACCUUUAGGCUGCGCCAGCGGCACGUCCCAGGCCACUGGCUUGUCUCUUCUCCCGGCGCCCUCGUACUCCCGGGAUUCCCGGGCCGGAAGCGAAGAUGGCGGCGGCGGCGGGGAGCGGGUCAGCCUCCACGGAGCUGGUGAUCGGCUGGUGGAUCUUCGGGAUGCUCUUACUGGCAAUUUUGGCAUUCUGUUGGGUGUAUGUUCGGAAAUAUCAAAGUCAACGAGAAAGUGAAGUUGUCUCCACUAUAACAGCAAUUUUUUCCCUGGCAAUUGCACUCAUCACAUCAGCACUUCUACCUGUGGAUAUUUUUUUGGUUUCUUAUAUGAAAAAUCAAAAUGGUACAUUUAAGGAUUGGGCUAACAAUAAUGUUAGUAAACAAAUUGAGGACACUGUAUUAUAUGGAUAUUAUACUUUAUAUUCCGUAAUAUUAUUUUGUGUAUUUUUGUGGAUACCAUUUGUCUACUUUUAUUAUGAAGAGAAGGAGGAAGAUGAUAGUAGUAGAUGUACUCAAAUUAAAACAGCCUUCAAAUACACUUUGGGAUUUGCUGUCAUUUGCUCACUUCUUCUUUUGGUUGGUGCUUUUGUUCCUUUGAAUGUUCCUAACAAAAAUUCUACGGAGUGGGAGAAAGUAAAAUUUCUGUUUGAAGAACUUGGAAGUAGUCAUGGUUUAGCUGCUUUGUCAUUCUCCAUCAGUUCUCUGACCCUGAUUGGAAUGCUGGCAGCUAUCACAUACACAGCAUAUGGUAUGUCAGCCUUACCCCUAAAUCUAAUAAAAGGUACUAGAAGUGCUGCAUAUGAACGCUUAGAGAACACUGAAGAUAUUGAAGAAGUGGAACAGCAUAUUCAAAGGAUUAAAUCAAAGAGCAAAGAUGGUCGACCUCUACCAGCAAAGGAUAGACGGGCCUUAAAACAUUUUGAAGAAAGGUUGCGGACACUUAAAAGGAGAGAGAGGCACCUAGACUUCAUUGAAAAGAGCUGCUGGACAAAAUUUUGUGGUGCCUUACGACCUUUAAAGAUCAUAUGGGGAAUAUUUUUCAUCCUUGUGGCACUACUGUUCACAGUUUCUCUCUUUCUGUCAAAUCUGGACAAAGCUCUUCAUUCAGCUGGCAUUGAUUCUGGAUUCAUAAUAUUUGGAACCAACCUGACAAAUCCACUGAAUAUGCUUUUGCCUAUACUACAGACAGUUUUCCCACUUGAUUAUCUUCUUAUAACAACCAUAAUUAUGUACUUCAUUUUCACUUCAAUGGCGGGAAUUCGGAAUAUUGGCAUAUGGUUCUUUUGGAUCAGACUAUACAAGAUCAGAAGAGGUAGAACCAGACCCCAAGCACUCUUAUUUCUCUGCAUGAUACUUCUACUGAUUGUCCUUCACACUAGCUAUAUGAUUUACAGUCUUGCCCCCCAAUACGUUAUGUAUGGAAGCCAAAAAUACUUAAUAGAGAGCAAUGCAACAUAUAUUGACCACAAAGGGAACCAUACACUAUCUGUGCCAAAGAAAUGUGAUGCAGAUGCUCCAGAAGAUCAGUGCAUUGUGACAAGAACAUACCUGUUCCUUCACAAGUUCUGGUUCUUUAGUGCUGUUUAUUACUUUGGCAACUGGGCCUUCAUUAUAGUCUUCUUAAUUGGAUUAAUAGUGUCAUGUUGUAAAGGAAAGAAAUCAGUCAUUGAAGGAGAAGUGGAUGAAGAUGAUUCAGAUUUAAGUGAUGAUGAACCAUCUAUGUAUUCUUCCUGACAGCCUUUUUUCAGAGGUUAAUAAUUGUCCAUUUCAAAUUAAUUGAACAUAACAUUCAUAUAAAUAAUUAGCCUGAAUAGAUUGAGCCAACUCAUUUCCAUCAGAAGUGGGAGCAUGGACUUAUCAAAAAAUAUGUAUUUUGUUGUUUUAUAAAAGAAUAUAACUGCACCACAGCAUAUUAAUGUUGAAAAAAUUAUAAUAAUAUGUAAAUAUGCAUCCAUUGAUUCAAUGAGGGAAUGUUUUCAGGAAAUUUUUUUCCUCUGAUGUAUAAUAGUAUUGAAAUUGAUUAAAAAUCUUCUGAAAUUAAUGUCCUUCCUUUGUUGCUAUUUUAAGAUGUAAUAUCACAGCUUCUUGUGACUUUGGCUCUCUGCAAUCAUAUAGAAUUGUAAAAUGUCUUUUACUAAUUGUCUGGUACCUGAUAUUCAUAUAUUUAGAGGUGGUAAAUAAAUAUUGCUCCUUAUAUACAGUUUCUAUUUUUCACUUACUAUGUAAAGUUACAGUUAAAAUAAAAAGCAUGUUUUAGUAACUAAACCACUCAAAUGCAAUUUAAGCAUAAGAAUUUUAAUUAUUUUUCUCUUCAAAUUGUUAAUAGUAACAUGCAUGUUAUUGUAAAUGUAUUGGUAAAAUAUAGUUCCUGAAAACUCAUGUUACAUUUUUCAAAGUUUGGUGUCAUAUAAACUUCUAGAUUAUUAAAAGUACUUUUUCUUAACUCAUAUUAAAUUUCAAGAUCCUGUAUUAAAUGGGGUCAUAUUUAUCAUUGCCAUUAAUACUUGUUUCUGAAAAGUGGUUCCAGCCAUGGGUCAGGGAUUUUAAAAUAGCACUUAGGAAACAAAACUUUUGUUUUCUUCUUUAACUAUAUUAGAAAUAUAUACAUAUAUAUCAUUCUAAGUGUCUGAAUAAGUUUAUUAAACUUAUCUAGUGUGGUAGGGUGUGUGUGUGUGUGUGUGUGUGUGUGUGUGUGUGUGUGUGUGUGUGGAGGAGUGCACUUAAUCUUCAAUUAUGAGUAAUCUAAAUAAAUGCUGAUAAAAAUGAUAAAAUCUAGGUAACUUUAUGACCUCAUUAUUAUGAGAUUACUAACACUACAAUAAUUUGACGAUCUAUCAUUUUAUUAGUGUGGGCAAUUUCUUUCAUCAGGGUGUAUCACACUUUGUGCCUUAGUAAAUUAUCUUUGUGAAUUAUUGGAAAAAUUCAUUACCUUGAGGUCAUUUCCAGCUGUGUGUCUCCCCCAUUGAGUAGGCUGAUCCUCAGCUGGGACAGACUCUCAUUCUUUUAGUUUGUAUUUCCUUGGCAAAGCCUUUAGGAACCCAAAUGCAUUGCAUUCUGUGUCAGUGUAAUACAGAUUGACAGGUUUUUUGGUAUUAUACUUAUUAUAUCCAUGGCAUGAAUAGGUAAUUUUCACCUUUUACAAGUAUUACAAACGAGAAAGCAAAAGCAGAGAAAAAUUGAGUAACACCAACCAGAAUUAUAAUAUGUACUGGCAUUAUUUCCUAAUGAUACUAAUAAAUUUGCUCUGCAAAGAUCAAA